CUGUCUGGAUGUCCUUUCUGGCAGUAUGCUGAUAGUGCAGAAACCCUCAGAAACGUGGCUGAGUCCCUCGACCAGUCCCCUGUUGUGGCUAAAUGUUGAAGAGUGACACGGCGGUAGAUGGCGGCUACCCAGGGUUUCAUCCACGUGCAGGUGGAUCCUGACCUUCAGUCCAUGCAGGUGGGGUCAGUAAUGCGUAAGGUGAAGUCUCGCACCUGGAAGAAGCAGCGCUAUUUUCGCCUGCAGGAUGACUGCACCACCAUCUGGUAUAAGAGCAAAAAGGCGGGCAAUGCCCAGUCUACGUUCUCAAUAGGUGACGUGGAGGCCGUUCGUGAGGGUCACCAGUCCGAAGUUCUGCUCAGCAUUGCUGACGAGUUCCCACCGGACCGCUGCUUCACGCUGGUUUUUCGAGGCCGGCAAGGCAACCUGGACCUGGUAGCUGAGUCAGCAGAGGAGGCACAGUCAUGGGUGAACGGGGUGCGCAAACUCAUCAGCAGCCUGGAGAACAUGGGCCAGAGAGAGAAACUGGACCAGUGGAUCUGGGACUGGUUUAAGAAGGCGGAUAAGAACGGAGAUGGCAGGAUGAACUUUAAGGAGGUUAGAGACCUGCUAAAGAUGAUGAACGUGGACAUGAAUGAGGACCAUGCGCUGCGGCUCUUUACGAUGGCGGAUAAAUCAGAGUCAGGUACACUGGAGGAUGAUGAGUUUGUGCUCUUCUAUAAGAUGCUGACUCAGAGGGAGGAAGUGCUCAAGAUCUUUCAGGAUUUCUCCAGUGACGGACAGACUCUUUCACUGCAAGAGCUGGAGGAGUUUCUACAGAAAGCACAGCUGGAGCAGCACAACACACAUCAGCAUGCAAUGAAACUCAUUGAGCACUACGAACCCUCUGAACCUGCUAAGCUGCGUCAGGCCAUGACGAUUGACGGCUUGUUGAUGUAUUUGAGUUCGUCCGAAGGCUCCAUCUUCAACCCAGCUAUGCAGCAGCUCUACCAGGACAUGAACCAGCCGCUAUGUCACUAUUUCAUUUCCUCCUCCCAUAACACCUACCUGCUGGAGGACCAGCUACGGGGACAAAGCAGCGUUGAGGGAUACAUACGGGCUUUGAAGCGAGGCUGCCGCUGUGUAGAAGUGGAUUGCUGGGACGGUCCAAACGGAGAACCCAUUGUCUACCAUGGACACACAUUUACCUCCAAGAUCCAGUUCAAAGAUGUCGUCACUGUCCUGGGAAACUACGCCUUCAUAGCAUCUGAGUACCCAGUGAUCCUGUCUAUAGAGAACCACUGCAGUGUGGAUCAGCAGAGAGUGAUGGCCCAGCAUCUCACACACAUCUUGGGGGACAAACUGUUAAGGAACUCUCUGGAGGGCAAAAGAAGUGCAAAUGUUCCUUCACCUGAGGAUCUGAAGGGUAAGAUCUUGCUGAAGGGAAAGAAGAUUGAUGGAAUUGAAGAGAAUCUGAAAGGUGUUGUGGAAGACUCUCUGACAGCGGAGGUCAGCGAUGAAGAGGAAACAGUGGAAAUGGACGAAGAGAACCGUCACAAAGACUGCAUCCGCCGCAAAACCAAGAAAUCAGAGCGUCUGUCUAAAGAGUUGUCGGACUGUGUGGUGUACUGCAGGAGCGUUCACUUCAGGGGAUUCAAACCCUCCCGUGUCCAAUCCAAAUUCUAUGAGGUUUCCUCUCUUACUGAGUCUAAAGCUAGGAAACAAAUGAAAGAAGCAGGAGCAGAGUUUGUGCAUCAUAACACUCGGCACCUGACCCGUGUUUACCCCAGUGGCUUGAGAACCGACUCCUCCAACUUUAAUCCACAGGACAUGUGGAAUGCAGGGUGCCAAAUUGUCGCUCUAAAUUUCCAGACGGCUGGUGUAGAGAUGGAUCUAAACGAUGGGCUCUUCAGUCAGAACGCUCGCUGUGGUUAUGUACUGAAACCAGCGUUCAUGCGAAACACAGACAAGCGGUUCGAUCCCGAACACCCUCAGAUUCGAGAGGACUACACUCCUCUGGCUCUUACCAUAAAGAUAAUCAGUGGACAGCAGCUGCCCAAGGUAAACCUGAAGGAAGGCUCUAUAGUGGAUCCGCUGGUGCGUGUGGAGAUUCACGGAGCGCCGAUGGAUCAGGCCAAGCAGGAGACACGCUACAUUGAAAAUAAUGGAUUUAACCCAAUAUGGAAUGACACUCUGAACUUCACCAUUCACGUACCUGAACUGGCUCUGGUGCGCUUUGUAGUAGAGGAUUAUGAUAAAACAUCGAAGAAUGACUUUGUAGGACAGUUCACACUGCCUUUCUCCUGCAUACAACAAGGCUAUCGUCACAUCCACCUCCUAUCCAAAGAUGGUACCAGCAUCCCUCCAUCCUCACUCUUUGUUCACAUCCGGAUUAAAGAAGCAAUUUAAAACUUCCAGGCAUAUACCAGGCAGUUUAGUGUCUUCCCAGUCGCCACUGAUGAAGCAUGACCAUUACCAGUACACAGUAUAUCACAACCUGAUGUAGGUUGUUUGCAUGUACUGUAAGCUUUAAUGUGACACUAUAGUUUAGAAUAUUGCUGCUUCCUGAUGAUUUACCAGUUUAAAUAGUUCGCCAAAUGUGUUUUUUUGACGUAUAGAUUUAGCUGAUUUGCAUGACAAAAGAAUUUCAGUGUUAAAUAUCGUUCAGUGUUAUGUAUGUUUCUUUUGUGCCUCCAUUCUUUAUGGUCACAGACCUUCAAAACAGCACUGGUCUUUAUUUUAUGCUUAUCUGUAACUCUUAAAAAUAAUAAUAAUUAAUAAUUCCAUCUUCAGGUCAUUUUACAUAAUAAAAAUACAU